GCGCGCCGAAAGAGGUAUUCCAAAGCCCGCCUCGUCGCUCUCUUUUUUUCUAGGGGAUUUCGCACCUCAUCAUCUCAGACCCAACCAACACCUGAAAACCUCCUCUCCCACUCAGCCUCACACACACCCGCACAGACCCAUUUUCAUCCAUCCGUCCAUACACGCAUUACCGCCAUCCUUACCGUCGUCGUUCUCGUGUCAGCAUCCGUGCAGCUCAUCUGUUCGCUGCGAAACGUCCUGAUAAGAGAGUAGCACCACUCAUCUCUGCCCAAGAUGUUCUCCCGAACGCUCGCAAAUACCGCCCGUCUCGCCGUCGCAUCGGGCGCGCCCCGCCUCGCCGGCCGCCAGGCCCUCUGCCCUGCGGUCCACGUGCUGCGUCGGUCGUAUCACGAGAAGGUGCUCGACCACUACAGUAAGCCGCGCAACGUGGGCUCGAUGCUCAAGACGGACGUCGACGUCGGCACCGGCCUCGUCGGCGCGCCGGCCUGCGGCGACGUCAUGAAGCUGCAGAUCCGCGUCGACCCCAAGGACAACACCAUCUCCGACGUCAAGUUCAAGACCUUCGGCUGCGGCAGCGCCAUCGCCAGCUCCAGCUACCUCACUGAGCUGGUGCGGGGGAUGACUCUCGAGGAGGCCGGCCGGAUUAAGAACACUGAGAUUGCCAAAGAAUUAUGCCUACCUCCCGUAAAACUCCACUGCUCCAUGCUGGCCGAGGACGCCAUCAAGUCGGCCAUCUCCAACUACUACAGCAAGAACCCUCACGCCAAGCCGACGAGCCUGGCCGGCACCACGGUCAAGUUAUCUAACGUCGGCGAGGCGGUAGCAGCGUCCGCCUGAGGCGACGACCGGGGAUCCCGAACAUACGUAUCGUCCCGCGACGAUUGGGGCUUUGUUUGACUGCAUGGGUAACGGGAAGGGGCAAAUCGGACGGACAGGAAAAAGUUACUGGUUAGCGAUAUCAAUUCGCGCGCCAGGUUGUGAGGAGUGAAGAUGCAUUCGAUGCUGCGAAGCACGAUGUCGGACUACCUUGUGGCGAGUCCGUCUAGCCACCACGUAAAGGGGUGGGGGGGAGACCUAUCAUCGGAGUUGCGCGCGCGGCGGUGUUGCGGUAUUAACUAGGUGAAAUCGGCAGGGGGGGAAAAACCUGCUUGCGUUCUCGGAGCCCUCGCUUAGCUAUGAGACAGAAUACCACUCGUGUACCUAACCUGAUUCCCGGGUGAGGCAAUGAAAAAAAAGAAGUUCACCAAAUCACCGAGGCG